AAAAAAAAAACUCGCUCUCUCUCUCUUGUCCUUAUUUUUCUACUUCUACAGCGGUGGUCGGACGGUGCCGGUGGUUAGUCGAUCUUCGAUCCAUGGCGGAGGACAAAUACAAUCGGAAGAAUCCGGCGGUGAAGCGGAUCUUGCAGGAGGUUAAGGAGAUGCAAUCCAAUCCCUCCGACGAUUUCAUGAGCCUUCCUCUCGAGGAGAAUAUAUUUGAAUGGCAAUUUGCCAUCAGGGGUCCACAGGAUAGUGAAUUUGAGGGUGGGAUUUAUCAUGGAAGGAUCCAGCUGCCUGCAGAGUAUCCAUUCCAACCACCUUCAUUCAUGUUGUUGACUCCUAAUGGUCGUUUUGAAACCCAGACAAAGAUAUGCUUGAGCAUCUCAAACCACCAUCCUGAGCACUGGCAGCCAUCUUGGAGUGUGCGAACUGCUUUAGUGGCACUAAUUGCCUUUAUGCCCACCAAUCCUAACGGUGCUUUGGGCUCCCUGGAUUAUAAGAAGGAAGAAAGGAGUGUCCUUGCCAUCAAAUCUCGUGAAGCUCCCCCUAAGUUUGGGACUCCUGAACGUCAGAAGCUUAUUGAUGAGAUUCAUGAAUAUAUGUUAAGCAAGGCACCUCCUGUUCCUCAACUCCCUCCUUUGCAGAGUUCGGAAGAAAAUCCUACCAACAGGGAGGGCGAAAACCAGGCAAAGCAGCAAGAUGCUGGAGCUGCAGUUGCUGGGGAUGAGCUCCCACAUCCAGCAGGUGACAGGAUUGUUGAAGAAGUGCAAGAAGAACCUGUGAAUGCUAUUCGCGGUGCUGCUGUUGCAAGGGAUGCCCCUGCCAGGAAACCUAGUGAUCCACUGCUUCAAAAGCCUGAGAUGAGGGUUCAAAAGCCAGUUGAUGAUCGUUUGUUUACAUGGGCUGCUGUCGGACUUACUAUUGCAAUUGUGGUUCUUUUGCUUAAGAAGUUCAUGAAAUCCAGUGGAUUUGGUGCUGUUUUUAUGGAUGGAUCAUAGAUCUAUUGAUGGUAUUGGCAUGUUUCGGCAGCUCAGUUCAAGAGGGGGAAAGUUAGAGGAUUUAUGUGUAGAUUGGACCUUGUAAUAUAUAAUGCUCCUCUUGAUUAUGGCCAAGUAUUGUAAUUAAUGGCAUAUAUGUUAGUAUACCAGCCACAAUUGAAUGAAUUAUUAAUUUAUUACACAUUUAUAAGCUUGAUUAUUCACAUCUAGUAGGCAAAAGCCUUUUGGAGAUGAGAGGAACCUGAGUUUGGCCUCCCACAGAACUUAGGA